AUGGCGAAGGGCAAGGCCCCCAGCGGAAAGGCUGGGGCGGCCGUGAAGAAGGCCAAUGCGUUCAGCCUGGAGCACGGCGCGGGCGGCCUGAGCUACGCGGAGACCAUCGCCAUCCUGUUCGGGGCGUUCAUGCUGCUCAUCAUCGGGCGCAUGCGCGACAUCUUCCGCAAGUUCCUGAACCUGGUGCUGCGCGGCGGCCAGAAGAGCCGCGUGGACGCAAAGGGCAUGGCGCCGCUCUUCUCGGACUUCGAAUCCUUCUACACGCGCCGCUUCUACCGCCGCAUCCAGGACUGCUUCAACAGACCCAUCUGCAGCGCACCGGACGGCUGGACGCAAGUCAUGCUCCGCAAGCCGACUAAGGCCCCGUCCGGCGAGACGUACAUGGCCCCCACCAAGGAGACCAAGUUCUGUCUCAACCUCGCCAGCUACAACUACCUGGGCUUUGCCAACCAGGACGCGUACUGCACGCCGCGCGUCGUGGAGACGCUCAUGCAGUACGGCGCCAGCGCGUGCUCGCCGUCCCUCGAGGCCGGCUCCACGCCCGUCGUCCGAGAGCUCGAGACGAGCACCGCGGAGUUCCUGCGCAAGGAGGCCGCCGUGGUGUUCGGCAUGGGCUUCGCGACCAACUCGACGGUGCUCCCUACGCUGUGCGGUAAGGGCAGCCUGGUCCUGAGCGACUCCUUGAACCACCUGUCGAUCGUGGCGGGCCUGCGGUCCUCGGGCGCCACCACGCGCAUCUUCCAGCACAACGACGCCGAGUCCCUGGAGAGCAUCCUGCGCUGGGCCAUCGCGGACGGACAGCCCCGGACGCACCGCCCAUGGAAGAACGUGCUCAUCGUCGUCGAGGGCAUCUACAGCAUGGAGGGGGAGACGACGUUCCUGCGCGAGGCGGUACGCAUCAAAAAGAAGUACGGCGCGUACCUGUUCCUGGACGAGGCGCACUCGAUCGGGGCCAUGGGCGCGACGGGCCGCGGCUUGUGCGAGGCCGCGGGGGUCGACAUGGAGGACGUGGACAUUCUGAUGGGAACGUAUACCAAGUCGUUUGGGUCCUGCGGCGGCUACAUCGCCGGCGACCGCGACGUCAUCCGCGGCAUCCGCCUCUCGAGCCCUGGGACGCUGGCGGCGGCCAGCAUGGCCCCGGCGGCGGCCGAGCAGGCGCUGUCGGCGCUCAAGCUGAUCAUGGGGCGCGACGGCACGGAGCGCGGCGUGCGGAAGAUCCGCCGGUUGCACGCGAUGUCGAACUGGUGUCGCGUCAAGAUGAUGGACAUGGGGUUGGACGUGCUGGGGGACUGGGACUCGGCGGUGAUCCCGAUCAUGAUCAUCAGCGGGGGCAAGAUCCCGACGUUCUCGCGGCUGAUGCUCGAGCGGAACGUGGCGUGCGUCGUGGUGGGCUUCCCGGCCACACCGCUGAUGGGCGCGCGCGCGCGGCUGUGCAUCUCCGCGGGGCACACGCUCGAGGACCUGCGGUACGCGAUCCAGUGCAUCGACGAGGUGACGGACCUGCUGAUGCUCAAGUACCGCAAGGCGAGCCCGCUGCCCGUGCCGGAGAGGUACCGGAAGCAGAUGCCGGAGUGGGAGCGCCUGGCCGCGAUGGAGGAGUAG